AUGUCUGUGUGUGCAUCUAUCUAUCUAUCUAUCUAUCUAUCUAUCUAUCUAUCUAUCUAUCUAUCUAAUUAUUGUUUAUAUUUCUUUUUUUGUGUUUAUCUCCCCCUCUCUCACACACAAAACUCUCCCCUACUUUUUCUAUUUCCUUUUUUUAUUUAUUUAACUCCGCUUCUCUUCUAUUUUUUCUAUCACUUUCUCUAUUUCUAUCUCCCAUCUUUCAAAUCUGACUUUUUCUUUCAUAACUUUCUUGAACUAAAACCUCUUUCUAAUCAUAAAUCUUCUUUCGUGUUUGUUGUGCCCUUUCUUUACUGCCUGACACUUGAUCAGUUUCCAUUAUUUUUCUCGCAAUUCGUUCCCUUAAAACGACAUCACCGCUUUCAUCCUUUUAUUAAUUCAUAUGACCUUUUUUCUCUCCCGUUAUUUUCUCCCCUUCCUGGCCCCCCAGCAUUCUUGUCUCUUUCUCAACCCCACCUUUCUCGUCACCUAUCUAUUUCUUCACAUCAGAUAAUUUACAAGGCGUCACAUUUUCUCGUAUAUUCUAUCUAUCUAUCUAUCUAUCUAUCUAUCUAUCUAUCUAUCUAUCUAUCUAUCUAUCUAUCUAUCUAUCUAUCAGAUAAGCAACCAUUGAAGCGUAUCUCACAAAUUCCUCCAGUGUCUAUCUCCCGCUAUCUGACCUGA